AUGGACCUGAUUUCCUUUGACUGGAUGUUCCAGACCUAUCCAAAUGGACCCACACCAGUUGAUCUGUAUUUUGAGUUGCACCUGAUCUCCUGCACCUCUGCGUUCGAGAAGGAGACAGGCAAGCAGAGAGAAAAACGGUACAGUGUGCAUCGCAGGUUUGGCGACCGGCGGGAUGGCGUGGUCAGCGCCCGCACCUACUUCUACGCAGAUGAAGCCAAGUGCGACCGGCAUGUGGAGACCAUCCUGAAAUGCAUCGAGGCCUCCGGGGGCAGCUCCAAAGAUGGCUUUUCUGCCGUUAAGCUGACGGCACUCGGACGGCCCCAGUUCCUCCUCCAGUUCUCCGAGGUGCUGGUGAAGUGGCGGAGGUUCUUCCACCAACUGGCUGCCGAGCAGGGCGUGGUGGGGCGGGCGGCUCUGGAGACCAAGCUGGAACUGGAGAAGCUGCAGGAGACGCUGGCCAAGAUGGGGAUCGCCACCCGGGCUGAGAGCCAGCACUGGUUUACGGGAGAGAAACUGGGGGUGUCUGGAACGGUGGAUCUGCUCGACUGGAACAGUUUGAUCGACCCCCGAACUGAAAUCUCAAAACUCCUGCUCGUCCCGAACCUGAAGACGGGACAGCUGGAGCCCCUGCUUUCUCACUUCACCGAGGAGGAAGAGAGGCAAAUGAAACGCAUGCUUCAACGCUUAGAUGUGCUCGCCAAGAAAGCUGUGGCGACUGGGGUGAGGCUCAUGGUGGACGCUGAGCAGUCUUAUUUCCAGCCCGCAACCAGUCGCCUCGCCCUGGAGAUGCAGCGCAAGUUCAACCAGGAGAAGCCGUCCAUCUUCAACACCUACCAGUGCUACCUGAAGGACGCCUACGAUAACGUGACCGUGGAUGUGGAGCUGUCGCGCCGGGAAGGGUGGUGCUUUGGAGCUAAGCUUGUCCGAGGGGCCUACAUGGAGCAGGAGCGGAAACGGGCCGCUGCCGUUGGCUACGAGGACCCCAUCCACCCGACGUAUGAGGAGACCAACGCUAUGUACCACAGGUGCCUGGACUACGUCUUGGAAGAGAUCCGUCAUAGCCGCAGGGCUAACGUGAUGGUGGCCACCCACAACAAAGAGACGGUCCAGUUCACACUCCGCAGGAUGGCAGAACUGGGCCUCCACCCCUCGGAAAACCAAAUCUCCUUUGGACAGCUCCUGGGCAUGUGUGACCACAUCACCUUCCCCCUUGGACAAGCCGGCUUCCCCGUAUACAAGUAUGUUCCCUAUGGACCUGUGGAGGACGUCCUUCCUUACCUCGUCAGGAGAGCCCAGGAGAACCGGACUGUCAUGAGGAGAACCAAGGAGGAACAAGAUCUUCUCUGGAUCGAGCUGAAGAAUCGCCUGUUCUGUGGCUCCUUGUUCCCGAACCCAAGCCUGCCGUAGUAGUCCUCCUGCGUCCCUGGCUUUUUCACAAUGAAAAGCUGGAGCCGUGUCGGAUCGGCACAUCUGAGAGCAGUGACCAUGCCUUCCUGUAGCUUACGUAGAGGUCAGCCCCUGCCCAGACCUCUGCCCGUGGCCUCGGGACUUUGACAAGGUCUUGGUCCUUCGCUUACCGGGUGGUGAGCAGGCAGGAGUUGCCAAGUUCUGUUCCCUCUUCCCCCUGGUCCUGUUGCCCUCCUGCUGUUGGGGGGGGUAUCAUCACUCCUUGCACUUAACCACUGUCUGUUCGAAAGCAACGCACCUCGAGGCUGGUAUAGAGUUGUCAGCAUUUAGGAUGGAGAAAGCCACCGCAAAUAAAGAUGAUAGAACAAA